GAAUUGCUUUUCUUUUAAAAUUUGCUUUCAUACAAAAUGCGAUUUGCAUACAUCGCCAUAGUUAUCCUAGUUUCUCUGUUCGCUUUGGUUGAGAAGAGUGAUGGACAAGCACAAACUCCAGCAGUUCCAGAGAAUCAAAGUGUACGGAAUUCAAUCUGGGAUUGGAUUCGCAAAGUUUUUGCCUUUAUAUGCUCACUUAAUAACUUUAUAGACAUUUUCAUACCAAAGAAGAGCACAUAGUCAAAAUAGUCUCUAUAUAUGUCAAACAUCGAAUUGUUUUCUUUCAUUGUUUUGUCAAAUAAGCUAAUUAAUAAUAGUUAUUAUUACUGUUUAGAGUAAAUAAAUAAAUUUACUCAGUGUUA